AGACACAAAAUCUCAUAAAACUAAAGAUGUUAAUAAUGCAUUCAGUCACACAAGCGACAGUACAUUAAGGCACCCUCUCAGUGCGGCUCUUCUCUGAUAAAUACAAAGCACACUGGAGCCCGAAGGACCGCAACGGAAGUACCACCAAUCACCACGGAGACCGCUAAUAACAAAGGUACAUGUCUGUGAAGACCUUUGGGGCUGUAAAAUGAAAUUCAAAAAGUGAAACUCCCCGUCUUGUUUUACUGGCAGCGAACUGUGAAAUGUUAAUCGUGACACAAACCCCCAAGAGGAUCCAGGAAAUAUAGGAAUCAAACAUUUUAAAGAUGUCUACAGGUCGAAAAAAAGUGCCCACCGUGAGAGUUAAACAGUGGAACAAAUCUAGUACAAAACAUACAGCUUGUAGUUUCAGACAUUCAAAUCCACUUUGUCAUACGGCUGAAAGUGGUCCAACCCAGCGUAUUAUGUCAGCGUGCCUUCACCAGAUCAAGGAACUGAGCAACAAAAUAUGUGAUCUACACCAGACACUGAAUGUCGCCAGCUCAGAAAAUAAUCUCCUAAAGCGUCUGCAUGGCCGUCAUACUCAAGCCCUCCGUAAAUUUGAAGAUAGCAAAAGUUGCCUGUCUCAGCUGAUCCUCAAGCACAACUCUGAAGUGAAAAACCUAAAGGAUCUGCUUUCUAGAUCACAGGCACACAACCGAGUCAUUUCCCAAAAGCUGAAAGCCACCGAAGCUGAGCUGAUGGGCAUAAGGGACUCUCUUCGGGGGCUGCAAAAGUUGUCUGAUGACAGGAAGCUAGAAGGAAGGGAACAACUUCUACAUAAGUUAGCAAUUAUUACAGGGAAGGCGGACAUGAAGGAGAAGAAAAUCAAGGAAAUGGAAACAAAUGUGGAAAUGUGCAACAGCAAGUUUUCUCAUCAACUGGCAGCAGAGAAACGGAAGAUGGCAGAAGCUCAAGAACUUAUAGCAUGUUUUCAAACAGAAAUUGAUUUAGUGACACAGAAGAUAGAGGAAAAAGAACGAGAACUGGAAAUUCAAAAUAUUUACUCAAACAGGUUGAUAAAGGGAUCUCCUAGGAAGGACAGUAAGCCAAAGGUUGCUUGUGACUCUAAAUCUGUUCAGACAGAUAUUUUUGAGUAUCAUCUUCUUUUAACCUCAGUGCCUGGUUUGAAAGAAUUAGAAAUAAUUGGAGAAAAUGAAAAUCAGCAGAUAAAUAAGAUGGCCAACACUGAAUACAAUGUUAUGAAAAUGAAAGAAUUAGAGCAACUAGAAGCUGAAGAAUACUUACAUGAAGAAGUAAAAGAAUCCAUUGAUGAAGAGAAAGAAAUUCUUCAGGAGAUCGAAGGAAGCAACUUAGAAGAAGAGGAAGAGAGAGAUUACACAGAAAAUUUUCCACACAACACCCUUGAAGAAAUAUAUAAGGAAAGUGAAGAUGAACAAGAAGAACUGGAUGACUUUAGUCUAACAAAAGAAAGACAAGACAGUGACAAAGAAUCAGAAGUGCAAGAGUUGCUUGAUCCCACCAUUGUUAAUGACAAUGUCCAUGAAAAACCCAGGAAGCACUACACAUUCAAGGAAACUUUUGAGAAUAUGCAUCAAGGUCGACCAGCCUAUGGAACACCCACAUCUUAUCAUAGUGGAAACAGGAAGAACAGUAGACAAUUGAGAAAACUGAAGCUAUUAAACAAGGAAGUGAGUAGUUAGGAAACACUACUAUUAAAGGAGAAGGAAGAUUUAUCUAAGUCAAAUGCACUUGCAUCUAGCAAAAAUGAAAAUAAAAAAUAUAUAUCUUCAGCAAAAUUAAAUAACUAAAUGUUACAAGCAGCUUUGAUUGGUGUUGAUGCAUUUAAAGAAAAAAACAUUACAAUACUGCUUACAGCAUUAGAACAUGAAUAAGAAAAUUUAAAAAAAAUUAAAUAAACUGCUUUUGUUAUCAGCCUUGCAACAGCAUUCUCAUAUGUAUGCUUUGUGCUGUUUUUUGAUUUUUUGUGACAUUAUAGAAUGCAGUAUAUGACAAUUCAAUGAACAUUCUACAGUAUAUGAUUGCAAAGGUAAAGGAAAUUUUAA